AUGUGGAAGGUGGGAAAUGGUGAGGGGAUUCAUGUGUGGCGGGAUAGAUGGCUAUCGAAUGGUGUUCCUAUUAAUUGUAACAGGGCAGUAGCCGCUGAUUUUGGCAUUGAGAAGGUAUCACACCUUAUUUCCUCUCUUAUUGGGGGGUGGAAUAGAACGAUUAUUGAGAUGAUUUUCCCUCCAACAACUGUAGCUGAGAUUUUAGCGAUACCUCUUCCUCAUCAAAGGGGUCCUGAUAUGCUAUUCUGGCCUGAUAAUCAACAUGGUAAUUACACUACAAAGGCUGGUUACCGUUUCAUCCUUGGUGUCAAAGCUUCCUCAGUUGCUUCUUCCUCAAGAGCAGCUCAGUUCACAGCGGGUUUUUGGAAGGCCAUGUGGGGUUCUGACUCUCUUCCGAGGUGUAAGGAGCUGGUGUGGCGGUGCUGCCAGGGUGCUGUUCCAAUUCGGGCCGAGCUAGUUCGAAGAGGCAUUGCGGAAUAUCCAAUAUGUCCGCUAUGUGAGGAGACGGAGGAAACGAUCGAUCAUGCUUUCAUGUCGUGUUCGCUGGUUCGCCGGGUCUGGUUUGCGUCAGUCCUUUCGGUGAGGAUGGAGGAGAACACUACUGGUUUAGGCACUUUCCUGCAGGAGCUGCUGGUUUGUGCUGAUAUGGUGGUAGCGGGCAAGGUUUGCUCGUUGAUAUAUGAUGUUUGGGAAGCCCGGAACAGGUGGGUGUUUGACGGUGACCCCUUUGAUUGCAGGCGAGUGUUGCAGCGCGCUGUUAGCUUGUCUCCAGCCCCGGCGAGUUCGUCGUCUCAGGGGUGUCAGCAGCGGUCCUUUGCGUCCUCUUGGCUUCGUCCACCGGAAGGGAGAUUUAAACUUAACUUUGAUGCUUCGGUUCUCGGUGAUGGGAGUGCUGGCUUAGGAAUGGUGGUGAGGGACGUGGAUGGGAUGGUGUUGGCAGCAGCUACAGAAUCCAACGUUUGUGUCCUUUCUCCAGUACAAGGUGAGGCUCUAUGCAUGCGUUGGGCGAUAGCUUUGGCUAUUGAUUUGGGGUUUCGACAUGUGCUUUUAGAAACCGAUUGUUUACAGCUAUUCGAUAUGUGGCGGAGUAAGGGUCGUGGUCGUUCAUACUUGGCAACCAUGGUCCAGGAAGCUCGAACUUUGUCUUGUCAUUUUGAUUUUAUUGAUUUAUGUUUUGUUAGACGUAGUGGUAACUCUGUUGCGGAUUAUUUUGCGCGUAAUGCUGUUAGUUAUGGCCAACGAGUCUGGGUGGAGGAUGUUCCCCCAGCUGUUUUGCCGCUUGUAAACGGUGAUAUUUUGUCCUCGGCUCCGGUGGUUUGA